GUAAAAAGAAUUAUUAACUUAUGUUCACUACUAUACAAACGGCUUGAAAGGUACCGGAACACCCCUUAAGUAGCUAGUUACAGGUACACGCGCCAAAUCCGUAUGAACGACGCCUGGCGUAGCAGAGCCUUUCAUUCAAGCCCUUUGUAUACUAGUAGUUUAGGCUUAUCCAAGGAUCACCAUAAUCGCUCCAGUUCGAGACGCGCCUCAAGUUCUACUUGAAUGCUCAAGUUUCUCCUUGCAGUGGUCAGCGGCGUACCUAUUCGUUUUCAUUGGGACUGUUGAUGGAUAGGAUUAGCAACUCUUACUGGGCGACAAAUCACCUCCUAUUGGCAUACGGUCUUUGAUGGUGGCCCGCGCCGAGGGAGCGACCCCAGGCGUUGCUUCCCCUGACAGCGUGCCAUUCGUGGCGCCGCGCAUAUAUUUAGCCUCAUCUGGGAAUGGAGGCCAAGACAGUGCAGCCAGCAGCAGUAGCAGCAAUUGCAUGGCAAGCUGCGCCCCUUCCGGAGGAGCCCGAGCAAGGACUGGGGAUAUACAAGGCGGGAAGUUGCUGGCGUUGGUCGUGUUCGUCGGGCUGUCGCUGCUUAGCUACAAAUACUUUCACAGCGGGGAACUGGAGCAUUUCGUGCUCAAAAUCCAGGCCAACCCGCUGGGCUCGCUGCACCUCUUCCUGCUCUUCCACAUCGUGGCGGUGGUGCUGCUCUUCCCGGCCAUGGUGCUGCAGGCCAUCACGGGUGCGCUGUACGGGCUGUACGCGGGGCUGCUGGUGUCCUGGCUGGCCUCCUCGGUGGGGCAGGCGCUGGCGUUCCUGCUGGGCCGCUACCUGUUCAGGGCCUCAGUCAAGGCGUACAUGCUGCAGCGGGUGCCCAACUUCCCGCAGAUAGAGGCCGCGAUCAAGAAGGAGGGCUGGAAGCUCAUGUGUCUGCUGCGCCUCUCGCCCAUCCUGCCGUACAAUAUCCUUAACUACGCCGCCGCGCUGACGCCCAUCUCCUUCAUCUCCUACUCGCUGUCCUCGGCGGCCGCCAUCAUUCCUUGGACCUGUCUCUAUGUAUACCUAGGUACCUUGUCCACGAGCGUAGUAGCGGAGCUAGCUCGUGGCAAGUUUGUCACGCAGUAUCACUACAAGCGGGUUAAUGGAGGAGACGGAGGUGCGGACGACGAAGUCACGACGACAGGUCGCAACCCGCACAUGCUGCUCAGUUCUACAUUGUACAUGGCGCUGUUGACGGUUACUAUUGUGUAUGGGUAUGUGCUUAGUAAGCGUGCUAUAACGUCCGUACUAAAAUCGGUUGCGGACACGGGUGCGGGGUCGGGGCCGGAGGGCGGAGGGGGGGAUGUGGAGAUGGCGCCGGCGGGCAAGGGGUAGCGCUCGGAGGCUCGCGAAGGAACGGGAAAGGGGCGAGGGCAUUCCGCUUCGGACAAAACGCUAUAUGUUAGCAUCUGUAGUAUGGCUCGUGUCGGUCGUGGAGAGGGGUAUAUGGUGAGGGCAAAGGGUUAUGGAGUGGUGGAAGCACGAGUACUUUGGUUCAACGAGGGUACCUGACAGGUGUAGGGAGUGCACAUAACCCGACAUGCAACCCCAGGCUAGCAUUAGCCAAGCGUGUGUGUUGUUGGUGACCAAGAUACUCGUUACAUAGUUAGGAGACAUUGUUUUGGUACAGCUUCUUUACAUCUUUGUAGGUGACGUGCAAUAAGUGACCUUUUACCAUGGUUUCCAUGACGUGCGGACGUCGACCUGAGACCCUGAAGACUGACCAGUUGCUCCUUUAGCAUGGAGAGGUUAGGGGCAAAUGCGAGGGGUGUAUGCAGGGAGGUACUUUCGGCUUAUCAGCGGUCCGCACCCGCAGCAGCACACACAGUGGCAGCGGUGGAGGCGGACACUGUAGCGGCCUAGCACAGCAGCCGCGCUGUGUACAUAGUGAGGAGACAGGUUUGAUGCAGUGGGAACCGAUGCAGACCGCCGACCUGAGGCGCUGACGGGUGGAGGCACAUGGCUGUUGAUAGCAUGUGGAGGCCUGUCGACGCGGGAGUAGGCCAAAGUGGUGUUACGGUACAUAGUAGCAGCAGGGGCGAGGACUGCGUUGACGGCUUAGGCUCGUGCUGGCCUGGUUGUUUUGCUGUGACAGGGUGGCUGCUACGGACGCAGCUACCAAUGCAUGUGCCUGGUUUCAGUCGUUCUGGGUGUUCUAACUAAUGCCGUGUGACGCACAUUGUGGGCGCACAUGCGUGUUAGGAGCUCAAUCGCUGGAAGGCGCUGUAGUGCUUAGCCAGUUUUGUGCAGGGCAGUCCACCAAGGCAGCAAUUGGGGACCUUGCGCGAUUUAAAGCAGGGUUUUGCGUUGUCGAGCAAACAGGAGACGUGCACGAGGUUUGUAGCAG